UCUCGGUCGACCCAAUCACCCAGCCCAGCUUGCCAUGCAGGAAACUUCUCGCAUGACAGCUCCUACGUUGAGGGUUGAUCCAUGACCUUCUGCAUCUGAUGUCGACACUGCAUGGAAGCUCACCGACGUAUCUAGGCCAGGAUAGUUGCUCAACCGUGCCUCGUUCUAUUGGGCCAUGCCUCCACCGAAACACACAGCCAACAUCAUCUGAGACUUUCCGAGCACAAGCCAUCUGACCGCAGCGUACCAUCUAUAUCUUGCUCAUGACUAACUCUCAGUUAUAACAUCUAUCUCGACUCAUCUUCUUCUCUACACUUGUAUCGAGCAUUGCAGCACACUCCGCCGUCUCCGGACUACCGUCCAUUAUGGCGACCGCUACAGUGACUGAUUUUACGAAGACGGUCACCGUCACAGCCGCGACGAGUUCUGCUACGGUCAGGGCAUCACCCCAAGGAGGUAUCUUCGACCAUGUCGACCCAACUGUCUACGAUCCCAAGAAUCCCAUAAUUCUGUUCGUAAUCCAGGCCGCGAUAGUCAUCGUCUUCACCCGUAUCAUCCACAUACCGCUGGCGAAACUCCGCCAACCCCGAGUCAUUGCGGAAGUCAUCACUGGGAUCAUAUUGGGACCUUCUAUCAUGGGCAGAAUCCCACACUUUACAGAACACAUCUUUCCUAGCGCGUCAAUGCCCGCGUUCGCCUUGGCAGCGAAUCUCGGACUGGUUCUGUUCUUGUUUCUUGUCGGGCUUGAGGUCGAUUUGCGCUUUCUGGUGAGCAAUUGGCGCAUUGCACUAAGUGUCGGAGCCGCCGGGAUGGCUAUACCUUUUGGUCUCGGUUGCGGCAUUGCGUAUGGCCUAUAUCACCAGUUUCGGGAUGAUUCUGGGCUAGCCCCAAUCAGCUUUGGUGUCUAUAUGCUCUUUAUAGGCGUGGCCAUGGCAAUUACAGCCUUCCCGGUCUUGUGCCGUAUCUUGACCACAUUGAAACUGCUCGGCACUCCAGUCGGCGUUAUUGUGCUCUCUGCAGGUGUCGCGAACGAUGUUGUAGGCUGGAUACUGCUGGCUCUUUGCGUCGCCCUUGUCAACUCUGGAGCAGGCCUGACGGCUCUGUGGAUCUUGUUGGUUGCCAUCGGGUACAGCCUGUUCCUCGUCUACGUCGUCAGGCCUUCCUUCAUCUACAUGCUCAGGAGGACUGGAAGUCUUUCCAACGGGCCGACGCAGACUGUCGUUGCCGUUACUGUCUUGAUGGUCCUGGCUUCUGGCUUCUUCACUGGUGUCAUCGGCAUUCAUCCCAUCUUCGGUAGUUUCAUGGUCGGAUUGAUCAUGCCGCAUGAGGGAGGAUUUGCGGUCAAACUCACUGAAAAACUCGAAGAUCUGGUCAGCGUCCUUUUCCUGCCUUUGUAUUUUGCACUCUCCGGAUUAAGCACCAAUCUUGGCCUUCUCGACAACGGGAUCACAUGGGGCUACGUGGUGGGAGUCUGCGUGAUUGCGUUUGUUGGCAAGAUCGCGGGUGGCACAAUUGCUUCGCGCCUGAACGGACUCGUCUGGCGUGAAUCCUUCACUAUUGGCUGUCUCAUGUCGUGCAAAGGCCUGGUCGAGCUGAUUGUGCUGAACAUUGGUCUGCAAGCCAAGAUCCUCAGCCAACGGACGUUCACCAUCUUCGUCGUUAUGGCCCUGAUUACUACUUUCGCCACGACACCGCUGACCACCUGGCUUUACCCGCCAUGGUACCAGCGCAAAUUAGAGCUUUGGAAGCAAGGCAAAAUUGACUGGGACGGCAAUCCGCUACAACACGGUGAUGACACCAACGAGUACAGUGAGGCGGACGUUCUACGCAAGACCGACGUCGCUAAGCGGAUACUGGUGUACCUUCGGCUCGAUGGCCUGCCCAGUCUUUUCACGAUGGUGUCUAUGUUCUCACAGAAGCACGAUGAAGGUGCUCCCACCGCUGUUGGUAAUGACCAGGAUGUCAUGAAGAACACGGAAGCCAUGGCCUCGGUUACCACGCUCCGUCGACCGUUACAAAUUCACGGACUGCGCCUCAUGGAACUCACAGAGCGAGCGUCCAGCGUGAUGCGCGUUUCUGAAAUCGAAGAAUUCGCCGGCCGUGAUCCCAUCAUCAAGGCAUUCGGGACAUUUGGUCAAUCCCGCGCCCUGGCGGUUGCGGGCCAGAUCGCCGUUGUGCCUGAACAGUCGUUCUCUGCAACACUUUUGUCUCGCGCCCGCGACUUGAGAUCCGACCUCGUGCUGGUGCCGUGGUCCGAGACGGGAACAAUGUCCGAGUAUCCGAGCAUAUUCGACACAAAGCCUGGAGAUCCGCUGGCCAACCGUGCUUUCGCUGGAUUGGCCGGCGAAAUCCUCGAAAAGGCAUGGGAGACUUGUCAUGUAGGCAUAGUCCUUGACAAGACGGUUCUUUGCACACCCGAUGCUUCGAAUAUGGACUCGCUGGCCCAGGAUUAUGGCGGCCGUCAACUGCUCAGCCGCACGGUCACUCGGGUCAGCGUGGUCGAUCAAGCUCAAGUCCAGUCGACAGUGCACUUUAAACUGGCGGACAGCGAGCGGUACAGGCUGCUUGUGCUGUAUCAGGGGAGCCAGGACGACUUGUUCACCGUGCGGUUCGGCCUGCAACUCGCCAAGAACGAAUUGAUCGAUCUGACAAUUUUCAGUCAUGUGCACGGCGGCGCAAGCGAUGACGAGAUUGAUGUGAUCAAAGGAUCCGGAGAUCGUACACGCCCAGCGGCAAAGGCGCGUGUCGAGCACGAGUUCGAUGUUCUCCGGGCGUCUGUGCCCACGGCACUGGCUGACAGAGUGACGUUCGCUGAUCUCGACGCUGGGGCCUCUGGCGUUGAUGCUGUGGCUGAGGCUGUCGCCGAACCUAGUGCCGCUGAAACAUUUGUGAUUGUGGGUAGAAGUAUGGCGCAUUGGCAGUCGAGUAUGGGCACGGGUGCGAGCUCGACUUCGAGUUCCAGGGACGCUCUGGGACCCAUAGCCACGCGGCUGGUCAAGACAAUUCGCGAGAAGUCGCUCAGUGCCGGAUUGUUGGUCAUGCAGGCCCGCAGGGAUGACGAGGGAGCUUCAGCGGCGGCAGCGACGGUUGUAGGCGGCAAUGGGAUGCAGACGCUUAUGAAGAAAGUGAGUACGAUUAGCGAAGGAUAGUGUUAUCUGCCCGCGCUGCUACGACUUGCUAUGAAUGGAACGAUAUGGGUAACUGAGGUAGAUGGAUUCUGGGCAGGGGAUAUAUGGUUACAGUAUCAUCAGUACGGAACCACAGCUCUAGAAAAUUGUGCGGCGUUUUGGAACCUUUAUCGGGUUCCUCAACGGGAGUCAAGGAAUGUGGAAAAAGGACAUGUACGACGCGGAGGACAAGCUCCUGGAUUACGACUCUAGUAGAGGUAGAACAGGUAGAUGGACAAUCAAAACAUAUUCUGGCAUUCGUCAAGUAUUACUUUUCUCGGGAUUCUGCACUUCGGAAGAAGAAAACACUUCUGGCG